AUGGGUAGUAGUACUCCUCAACUUGUAAUCCUUGUCUUUUUCACCACAUUCCUCUCCUCCACUCCCUCCCACAAUGCGGCCCACGGCUACUCUUACUCCAACGACACCACCGCCGGCAAAUGCGGAUUGGUGGACCCUCCGGCCCCUCCGCCGCCUCCGCUGCAGCCCUCCGACUUCCUCAACAUGAGGCAGUACCAAGCCUACCUGGUGAUCCAAGCCUUCAAGGCCACCAUCACCUGCGACCCGAAACACGUCACCGCCAGCUGGGUCGGCUCCCGGCCCUGCCACUACGCCGGCUUCUUCUGCGCCGCCCCUCCGGACUCCAAGAACACGCCGACCGUCGCCUCCGUUGACUUCAACGGCUUCCACCUCUGCGCCCCCUCCCUCGCGGGCUUCAUCGACCGCCUCCCCGACCUCGCGCUCUUCCACGCCAACUCCAACAACUUCUCCGGCCCCGUCCCCGACCUCACCCGGCUCCCCUACCUCUACGAGCUUGACCUCAGCAACAACAAGCACUCCGGCGCCUUCCCCGCCGCCGUCCUCCCCCUCGGCAACCAGCUCGCCUUCCUCGACCUCCGCUUCAACGCCUUCUCGGGGGCGGUCCCCGGCUCCGUCUUCCUCCUCAGCCUCGACGUGCUCUUCCUCAACAACAACAGGUUCCGACAGCGCCUCCCCGCGGAGCUCUGGAGCUCCCCGGCCCCCUACCUCACCCUCGCCAACAACGGCUUCACGGGGCCGAUACCGUCGUCCAUCGGCAACGCCUCUUCGGUGCUGCGCGAGGUGCUCCUCCUCAACAACCGGCUCACCGGCUGCCUGCCCUACGAGAUCGGGCUCCUCCGGAACGCCACCGUGUUUGAUGUGGGCGGCAACCUGCUGACCGGCCCGAUGCCGCUCUCCUUCGGCUGCCUGGUGAGGCUCGAGCAGCUGAACCUGGCUGGCAACCUGCUGUACGGGCCGGUGCCGGACGCCGUCUGCUGGCUGGGGUGGGUCGGCAGCCUGGCCAACCUGUCGCUGUCGGAAAACUUCUUCACGUCGAUCGGGCCCAGCUGCUGGUGGCUGCUCAGGAGGGGAGUGCUCGACGUCCGCCGGAACUGCAUUCCGGGGUUCCCGGACCAGCGGCCCGUGGCCGAGUGCGUGCACUUCUUCUCGUUCCCCAAGUUCUGCCCCUUCCUUCCUUCCAUUCCGUGCGCGCAUUUUCCCGAUUGGCCGUUCAAGCGUGCAGCGGCAGCGGUGGCGAAUGGAGAGGCGCCGCUGCCACCGAAGAAGAACUAUGUGGGCUACAGUGCACUUCAUAACAGGCCUGGAUAUUAAUGGUCGAACAAGAAG